GUUGGAGACCGCGCGCGUUCCAAAAUGGAGUUCUCCGUCUGUUUUGUUUGACGACAAGAGUUUUGCUUCUAGCGAACUCUUGGAACACUUGGCAGUUAUACCAAAAAGCAUGGAGCUCCACCCCAUACUGGAGCUGCCCCUGACGGACCCCCCUGCCCCGGGGAUGUGGUAUGUCCUAUCCCCAGGGGGUGGUGGGCCCAGCCUGACGGUGGGGCACACCUGUACGUACCUCCCCAGGGUGGGGGGCAGUGGGAGGGUGGUGCUGGUCGGAGGUGCCAACCCCAGCGGGCCGUUUGCUGAUACUUUUGUGCUGGACUUAGACAAGUACACAUGGGAGAAGCCGGACUGGGCGGGGCUGACGGCCAGGUAUGAACACACCUGCUUCACACCUGAAAGCCAGCCAAGCAAGGUGUUCGUGUUCGGAGGGGCAGAGCAGGGCUGCAACCUUAACAACAUCCAGGUGCUAGAUACAGGGACAGGUACCUGGACCACAGCUGAUGUGCAGGGCACCCCGCCCUCCCCACGCACCUGUCACUAUACAUCCCACCGGGGGGACAGGCUGUACGUGUGGGGAGGGGGCAAGACGGGGGCCGAGCCCAUAGAAGACAGGAAACUCCAUGUCUUUGAUGCAGCAACCCUGACCUGGAGCCAGCCCCAGAUGGAGGGCAAGCCGCCCAAACCACGCCAUGGUCAUGUGAUGGUUGCCGUCGGCAACAAGCUGUACGUACACGGGGGCAUGUCAGGGGUCACGUUCUAUGACGACUUGUACGUUCUCAAUCUGGACACAAAGAAAUGGAAGCGGUUGAAGCCAAAGGGUCCGGUCCCCACCGCCCGGGCGGCGCACACAGCUGUGGUGCAUGGUUCUCUGGUGUACAUGUUUGGGGGUAUGAACCAGGAGGGAGCUCUGGACUCCAUGCAUGUCCUCAACACUGAAAGACUGACGUGGAGUGAGCUGAGACCUGAGGGCCCACCCCCCGGACCAAGGCUGGACCAUGGGGCAUGUAUCAUACACCUGUCUGUGGGUGGGACCGGUUCAUCGGGAUCGGGGGCUCCAAAAAACUCUGGAGAGGGCACCGCAUCACUGACACAUUGUGCCAGUGGACAGGAUAGUGAAGAACAGAACACUGGUCCAGAAAACGAGGCAGGUGAUGCAAAACAGACAGAAACUAUGGCAUCAGAAACCAUGGCAACAGAAACUGUGGCAACAGAAACUGUGGCAACAGAACCCAGUGUUCCUCCUUCAGCAAAUUCCAGUCAGUCAGAAAAUGCAGAUUCUGAAGAACUAGUUCCUAGCGCGGAAGAGGCGAGCAGUAAGCCGACAAUAUUGGACGUUACGGAGCAGUUUCUGCCGGAGGAAGCUGCUCCCAAGGUCACAGCAGCAGCUCAAGGUCGUGCAGCAGCCUCAGGGUCAGAGGAGCAUGCUGGGAUUGGUCCAGUGCAUGAUGGGAAGGUGACGAUGCUGCUGGUGUAUGGCGGGAUGGACACGCAGGGAAUCAUUCACGAGGACUGCCUCGUUAUGAGAAUUGCUUGAUUUAAGUUUGCUCUCUUUUAGAAGUAAGAGUCAAAUUCAGGAAAAUUCCUCCAAAAUUGAGAAUAAUGACAAUCAUGAACAUAUUAUUACGCUGAUGUAGGUUAGACAUAAAGGUACAUGUUGUAAUGUACACAAUACUAAUGUUAUUCAAGCAUCUGGAUAGAUUUUGUGAACAGAGAUAUUUCAGGUAAUAUCUAUCUUUCAAGGACAAAAAGAUAGUUGAUGCAACCUGUAACAAAAUCGUAUACUAGUUGCUUGAGAAAGUUACAUUUUGUAUUGUGCAAGACAUGAACAUUUGCAAGAUUUUAUUGUGUUUCAAUUAUGUCAAAAAGAAAUAUUAAACACAUUCCCUAAAGCUGCA